UAUUCCACAUUGCUGUCCGGGUGGAAAUAAUUGAUGCUUGAACCAUAGAACUGCCUCUAAUUCUUUCUUCGCUAUGGGCUAUUAUUUCUGCUGUACCAUCAAACUAGAGGCUGAUGACAGUAUCUGCAUGAGAACUAAUUAAGUCCACGAAAUCAAAUUUUACCUUUAUUUAUUUAUUUAUAUAUUACCUAUCUCAAUAUUCUACUUGAAAUGUGAAAUAAUAAGCUCCACCUUACAGCUUCAAGGAGUGCCAGGAUGGUAAGUGAACUAUUUAGAACUCGGCUUCAAGAUGGAUAUGUUUCAUAUCGGUGGGAGAGGAGGAUGCAGGAGUUUCUAUCAGUUCCCUUUUCCAGCUGCUUUCUUUCCAUACUCCUCCUUCCUAAAGCUUCAGAUGAAUGUGCUUCUCACUACAAUGACUUGGAAGACACGCUUGCUAGGGCAAAUGCAUGGAUCAAUUCAUCUCAGGCCUCUGGAGUUCCAAUAGUCUUCAUGAACGUGCAGACUGAGUCACUGCUUACAAAGAUCUCUGGAAAAACAGCUUCUUCCACAGUGAAUGCAGGGUCCUUAUCUGAUUUGUCUAAUCUUGCAAAUGUAAGCCUAUAUGGUUUUGAGGAUUACCACGGGGUAGACAUUGGUGUUGUUAGAGCAGUUCGUCUCUGGUAUGCUCCUCUUGGAGAAGAGUUUGCAAUUGAAAUCAAGCUAAGAGAAGACGACACAAAGCUUGGAUUCGCUAUUAGCCGUACAGAAGAGGGAUUUAUUUUCAUCUCAUCAGUUAUUGAUGAUGAUGAAAAUGCACCUUCGACCCGGUCAGGGCUACACAAUUUGUAUAAAGAAGCUACAAACUCAUCUAGGCUGCUGGUGGUCUCAAGAAUUGCCAAUCAGAAGGUCCUACCAUGGUUAGUUUCGUCAACGGGAGCAAUUCGAUGCUUUGACACUGUUUCACUCAGCCAGAAGCUCUCAUUGCACCGGCAUGCCAAGGUUCCAAUUACCAUUCAUGUGUUGUUGUGGGAUAGAUCAUUGGCUGUACCAAGUGGUGCCAACGGGUCUAGAGCUGCUACCCCUUCUGUUAUGCAAUUACCACCUGAAGUUCAAUUGUCAUGCCGUCCUGAUGAGAAUCAAAUAGAGCUUCUGCCACCUGAAGUUCCUAGUGAUAGUAGUAGAGUUGUUGGUGAUCAUGGACCAGAAAUAACGCUU